AUGCACCCCAACAUGGAACCCAAGGUUAAUGCGCAAUUGGCAAAGACAGGAACGUUCUUCCAGAGUUAUAUCCGUCGUGGACUUGCCAACCUGGAUGCAGAAGCCAAUGCAGCCAGUUCUGGUGGCUCAACGGCCAGCUCGAUCAGUGGCCUAAGCGGAUUCACCGGAAGCUCUGCUUCACCUACAGUGAGGGCACGUGAGAUUGUGGAUGCAGCUGCCAGGAAGCGGGAGAGCGUGAUGUCGAUGGCCAGCAGUGAGAGCAGCGGAGUGGCAGAUCCUUCCGAGUCAUACAAGGAUCGCCUGGCGCGUUUGCAGCAGAUGUUUGGAUACAAAUCGGAGUCAAAGACACCGUCACCAGUGAAUGACCACCACGAUACAUUGAGCAGGGCAAUGGAUGGCCGUAACAGCCCCAGUCUGAGUCUUCGUCAGCAGCAGGAACUGGACUACCAGCAACACCAAUUGCAGCAACAGCAAAUUUUGGCCCAGCACAGUCGAUCUCGGCCGUCGUCCGUCUAUCAAACAAAUUUGACGCCAUCGAGCACAACACCAACAGCGACCUCCCCUUAUCAAUCUCACUUUAAUCUUCAUCCCGAGGGGAACAACGGAUACUCGUCGCCUCUCAAUGGAGGGGGAGUAGGCGGUGGAGGUUCGUCAAUGUCGAUGGGGGGCAUGUCACCCUCGACGUCAGCACCGCCACCCUCGUUGCAGUCGCUGCAGGAGUCGAUGGCAGCCAAGGAGAGGGCACAGACGGUGGCAUUGAUGAAGGAGAGACUUGCGCGGAUGAAGACUCAGACACUGACGUCUUCACAGUUGGCGCUACAGCAGUUCCAUCAGCAGCAGGCAUCGGGACCUGAGCAAGGACAGGGCAAUAAUGGCAACGGCCAUGGAGGAUCAGGCAACCAGUACUUUUAA